CUCUCCGCCAACCCCAUUGGGGCAGGAAAGAGGGUCCAGGGGUUAUCUUGAUCAGAGUCACAGGGUCCCGGGGAAGGGGGCACAGAGUGCCCAUGAGCUCACUGUAACGGGUCUAGUCAAAAGUUUGUCUGCUGUCAGUGGCUUCUGUGCGCACACUUUAUCAAGGCUUUAAGAAACCAAGUUAUUCUUUUGUUUAGUUGGCAUUUGAAGAGUCCUAUGUGAUACAAUGGCUGUGUAGGAAUGUACAGUUUAAGGAAGGAGUGAAUUUUUUCCCCCUCCUUUUUCAUGCCUUAAUUUUUGCUCUCCUGAGACAUUGUUUUUUCUUUUGCUUAUGAAGUAAAAUAAAUCCAAAUCAAACACUGUUUCUUUGCACUAAAUCCUUUCCUUUUAUUUUACUUUAUUUUAUUUUAUUUUUAUUUUUUUUUCUUUCUCUUUGCACUCUGAUGCCAAAAUUGGGUUGAGAUGUUCAGUCGCGCUUUAUAGCAAACCCACAGUUUUGUAACUUUUUCCAUGAAUUACGGAUCAGUUUUUCUUUAUAGGAUGAUAGAUAUGGACUUGGUUAGACUGUUGUAUCUGUCUUAGCUUGUGUUCAUUAUAUUCCACUCUAGAAAAAAAAGACUAACCUAUUAAAACCAGAUUUUAAAAUGCCUGAAAAUCAUAAGUAUGUCAUGCAGUAAUGUGUAUGGAGUAAUUUUAGUGGAUCUCUGAUUUUUCAUUAAAUUUCUGUAAUUUUCAAAAUCAGCCUGCCUAAUUUAAGAGUUCCUUAGGCACCACAAAUGCUGUCUUUUACUGUUUCAUGAGGGAAUGGAUAAUUAGUCUGAAAACUGUGAAACGUUUCAGCUAAAAAUUUUCUCUCUGAAAUGUCAGGGGAGGACAUGGUAGGAAGAACUGCCCUUCGGGCAAGAUGAUCAGUGUCACAUGGAAGGUAAUACCAUAUGUUUGGCAGAAAGGCUCCAGGAGACAGACACUAGGUCAGAUUUUCAGAAGGGAAAAAAGAUUGUAGGGAGCAGGAGAAUCUGAGCCAUUUGAACUGAAAUAAAAGGAGAAGGAACUGCAAAAUUACAAGGCAUCUUUGUCUUUUGGGUGACGUAUGGGCCUGGAUACCUCCUAAAGUUGUGGUGGACUUAGCCCCAUUUAUAAUAAUUUGCCAAAACAUUAGAGACAUAGACAGUUUAGUAAAACUGAGUCUUUGUAUAAUAUAUGUGAAUCUUGAUUUGCAAUACUCUUCUGAGGUGCACUUUGUGAUUAGGGUUAUGAUUAAAUGGAAUAUCCUGGUAUAAAAGCAGAGGUAUUAGAAGAGGUUUUUUCUUCCUUCCUGCCACAGAGCUGUCUCUAGGCCACCAGUGACUUUUCUCCAUUUUUCACUCUUUUCCAUUGGUGAAAUCAAGAUUAAAUUACAUAAGAAAUAAGAGGAAAGUCAAAACUGAGUAUGUUUUAGAAGCUUUUUUAAAGUUAGAAAUAAAAUCAAUUUGCACACAUGCACAUAUAUGUUUACAGUCUCUUGCUGAUAUAUAUAUAAAUAUAUAUUAAUGAAAUACAACCGGAUUCUUGCCUGUAGGCCAAAUUCACUUAAUUUGACAUUGAUGGGAGCCCAGGCACAACCAAAAGACCAGUAGACCUGACUACCAUAAACUAAGAGUUCCACUUGUGCUCAGAUCUGCCAAGAACUGCAGAGUACAACCAAAAGAGCAGCAUUUAUUAAAGAUACCCUACAUCACUGUAUAAAAUUGCUGCAAUUGAAUCUCAACAUAGUAGUUUCAUCAAAUGUUUUUUUGUUCCUUGACAUGAUAUAGUAGGAGGCAUUCAAAGGAAUUUUUAAGUUCCCUCAAGAAGAUUUAGUUGCACAGCUGCCACUAAUUAAUUUAUUUUGCUAAAAUUGUCACCUAAAUUGUAAAAGACUUAAAUAUACAAAUAAUUCUUACAGAAUCAAGGACUUUUUAAUGUAUUCAUUUUAAAAAGUGUUUGUCCUUUAUUUGGACUAUCUUUUGCUUUAUUUUAUUAAAAACAAUAUUUGUUUGAUUUCUGUGUAUAUUGGUAGAUUUUCUGUUGAAGGAAAGACUACAGCAACAUUGCAUGAAACGAAAAGUAGUUAAUGUAUUUUUUUUUCCCCACUCUCGUCUGAAAUACAGUGGAAAAGUUGCAGUGUGAGGUGUGAUAAAAUCAGUACCCAAGGAUUUAGACUAUUUAAAAACAGGAUCAGUGAGAGAAAAAAAAUUGACUAAACUACUGAGGUGUUGCCCACAAGAAAGAUUUUAGGGCAACUUCCCAAGUUACAAAAGCAACAACCCUAAUACUUCCUGCUGCUAAAGGCCACUCCCAUACACAUGCUCCCUUGUCAGCCAAACCUCUCCUGGGCCAGAAUUCCUGCUGUUACCAAAACACCAUGUGCCAGGAAAAGCUUUCUCACUGCUUUGAAGAUAAAGUACUGGAACAGGUUGCUUAACAAAACUGUAUUAUCCCCUUCAUGGGGGAUGAUGAAGAAAUGCUCAGGCAGUGAGCUGAUGUGUGUGGCCCCUAUAUUUAAUCCCCCUCUCUGUUUGGCAGUUGACUGGAUGCCCUCUGGAGAGCCCUUCUUAGGCAAAUGUCUACGAGUUUUGUGAUGGCAAACAGAUGUGAUGGGAACAAUUAGUAGAUAGUUGGCAUUGAUAUUCCUCCUAUCAUUAGUGUUAGAAGGACUGAACCAGUACUUGGACAGAGUGGAAAAUUUCCCCAAAGCCCUCAGCACAGACCCAGUUUGACUUGUAAAUGAAUAAACAUUUCAGUUAAGGCUACAUACAGCCCUGUGGUCCUUAUAUGCAGGAAGUGGCAGGAAGAGGAACUGUCCUUCUAGUUAGAGAAAGUAAUUUCAAUCCUUUUUUUGUCUAGAUAAAAAUGCAGAUAACUCAGGUUUUGCCACCUGCCAUAUCAAGCCAGAUGAGAUCAUAUGAGCUGCAGUCAUAGCAUAACAAAUAUUCCAGAUACCUCUGUGCUACUUCUGAGCUGAUGUCCUUGGAGAUCUUUUACUCUGAGGGCAGAAAACCUAUCAAAAAGAGGAAAUUAAGAGUGAGGUAUGCCUUUGAGCCAAAAUAUAAUGUAAGGACCAUCCAUAAGCAAUAGCACGGAAGGAUAAAUUGUGGUAAGACACUUCAUGGGAUCACUCUUAUGUGCUUGCAUAAGCAAUCAUUUUAAAUAUUGGGGUGUGAACAGAAAGAAUUAAAUGGAUAAAGCAUAACCAUAAGUGGAAAAACACUUAUUUGAUUAACUAUUUUUAAUUGUUUUUUUCCUGCUAAACACAUAAAAAGGUUCUGUUCUGUUCUGUUCCCAAAAAAGUUUCUGGGUUUUGUAAAUAAAUACUUUUUGAUGUGCUUCAGUGAAGUUUGCCUAUAACCUGAUGUCCUCCAGAUAUGUAAAUUAUAAAUUUAAGCCAUUAUGCUGUAAUAUUCUGGAACUAAAGUUCCCUAAAUAAACCUUAAAGGUGUGACAGAUUGUUUAAAUGCAGAGCUCAUGCUGUUAAGUUUGCCCAGGUACAGAUAGUCCAUUUUCUAUGGACUGAAAUUCUGAGAAAGAAACUGGGAUUUUCGUAUAUUGUUACUAUGUGGCUAGCAGUAGAUGGUCAAAGACGUUAAAUACUGGAUGGGAAGCACUUUGGGAGCAAUUUUCCUUAUGAAUUAAGAGAAGAACAAGGGAUGGUUCAAUUAAUGUAUGGGUUUCUUGUGUUUCACAUAAAAUUGUUAAUCAGUGAAAGAUAAGAGGUUGUUGCAAGGCUAUUAGCUUGAAUUUACAGUUUGAGCAUCAGGACAGAUUAUUUACUUGCCAAAACCUAUGUUUAAAUUUGUGGAUAUGUACUAAAGUUGUUGAGACUUGAGAUUGAUUUUAUGCUGGAACUAAUUUUUCCUCCACAGGAAAUUUGCAAUGGUGCAAUUUUCUUAUCACACUACAGUUUUAUCUAACAGUAAUCAACACUUGAAUAAUCCCAUAUGUAUGGUGAAGAAUAAAAUAAUAACAAUGUGGGUUUGUUGCUGUUUAGGGUUAGGUUUGUGCUUAAGUGAACCAGUCUUGUCAUGCUACCUGAUUCAGAACUGUAGUUCUCAGAUUAUCACAGGUCUUGUAGCAAAGCCAUGGUUGUGUUCAGUGCUGGUCUUCAAUAUAUGUUCUGUGUUCUGAACCUUGUUCUCAUACUGACGAAGCACCAUAGGCUAAGAAUUAUCCAGAAAGCUUAGGGACCAUCAGUUUAGACAUAUGCAAUAUCAGCUACUGACCUAAGGAACUUACAGUCUAAGUGGAUGCAAGAGGUCUCCUGUUUGUGGCAAGUGGGACUGCUAGUCUCAUCUCAGCUGGCUUUGGAUGGAACACAGUCACUGUCCUUAUAUAUGGGACCAGUACUCAGUCCCAUUCUCAGAACAUAUCUUUGAUGACUGGUGGUAUAGGAUGCUUCUGUCCUUAGCACCAAAAUUUGGAUUGUCUUGGAUGGAUGAUUGGGUUGUAACCUGAAGAUCAUGGUACUGAGUAUGAGAUGGACUUUAGACUGACUCAAAAUUCACUGACUGUUUUUUUUUUUUUAUUAUUUUUGCCAAUGCAAACAAAUGCAAACGAUGGAGGAAAGCCCAAAAAGGGAAAAAAAAAAAAAAAAAAAAAAAGAAAAAAGAAAAAAAGCAGAACAAUCAGUGGCAUUGGGACUUUUUCAGAGUCAGCUUGGGAGAUAGGGUGUUUGUCCUUGUUCUGGCUAAUCCAGGUUUAAUUCUGUCUUCUAUCAGGCAUGAUCUGAAGACAUAUUUUCCAUUCUUCACAAAAAGUUGUUGGUUAUUCUGGAGUUAGAUUAGGCAAAUUAUCCUACCUUUAGGAAAUAUUAAAAAAAAAAAAAAAAAAAAAGAAAGAAAGAAAGAAAUCCAUAGCGGAAAAGAGGUUUGUUUAAAAAUGGAUCAAUUAAAUUAAUAGUCACAAUUGGCACUGCCAAGGAGAAGAGGCCUGUGGCAUGCAAUUGGGAGUAAUGCUGGGGUCAGGAGCACAAAGGUGUGAAUAGUCUAAUUGAGUAAUUCAGUGGUUUUGCCUCAUUUGUUGUAACUUGAAGCUGUAGCCUUGUCAUACCAAUCCAGUCAUACCUAUAGAAGACUGGCAGUGGUCAGUGGAAGGAAACAGCCAUCUCAGGAGGUUGGUUAGUGUCAUACUCAAAACAGCCUCUAGUUUCUCUCUGUUGAACAUAAUUACAGCUGGGGCUGGCUUGCUUGGACAUGGAUCUGGGAAGAUCCAUGAGAUGAAUUCCUGCUUGCAUGUGUCCUAGAACAGGCAAAACCCUUUCUGCCUCUUUAAUCCUCUUACUCUCUUGUGUGAUUCCUUUCUUUUAGUACAGACUAGGCUUAACUAUGACUUCUGGUUUUCUCAAAGGCUCCCUUUCUAUACUAAGUUGCCUCCUCAGUUCAAGUGACUCCCUCCCUAGCAUUUAAUAGCUAUGAUAUGGAAUAACUUUAGUCAUCUGUUAGUCAAACAGAUGAAAUAGACUUAACAGUUGAAGAAGUAGGCUUCAAAUUGCAGUUUCAAUGGCUUUUCAGUGCUACUCUUCCACUAAGAUGUUAAGCAUCUUUUGCAGGAAGGGCAGCUGUCUGGAAAGGAAUUUGAGAGGUUUGCUUUGGGCAAGAUUAGACAUGUGUUCUAAUAUAAUACAAAAUGUAGUCCAUAAUUUCAUAGAGACACGUUCCUCUCUGUAACGGAUACAACAGACAGAUGGGGGAGCACAAGUUUCAAGAGACACAAUUAUGAUUCAUUUGCGAAACAGGCAUGUUGCACAACAGCUGCUUGCCAACAUCAGCUAUUCUUCUUUUGCCUUACAGCUGUACAACUCUAUUUUAAAAAAUUUUAAUUGUUUCAAAGAGAGAAAAGUAUUUUGUUUGAUCUAAUAUGUUUUAAAUGCAUUUUAUAAAUAAACCAUCUAGAAUGUUUUGAAAUUAAACACUUGUAAAAUUAAGAGUAAAAUAUCUGGAAGAAAUGUGGCAAAGACGCUUUUCAGUGCUUUUUUAAAAUGAAAUUAGUCACUGAACUUUAUCACUACCUCAUUUAAAAUGUAACUUAAACAGGUCAGUUUGAAAGAAGAAUUUUGAAAGAGAACAAAGUAGUUUUCAGACAAGAAGCAGAACUGUUUUUAAAAGUAAAGAAGGAAUAAUUUGAUGUUAGCAAUUUUCAGUCUGGAAUUUAGAUUUUCUUAAUAUAUUUAAUCUGUUUUUUUUGAAACAUUUCUUUUGUUACCAUCUGUCUCCUCAUGUUUCUAUAAAUUCUCUUUGUCAAUUCCCAGUCCAUAUCUGAAUCUAUGAUGGCCAUAUGUCUUUAAAGCUGGAGGAAUAUCUAAAUCAAUUUCCUAAUAAAAUCACUAUUGCCUGAAAUAUAACAGCCUGUGUUUUUACCAUUAUUUAUUAAGUGCUCAAUAGAUAUUUUAAUGCUCAGUAGAUAACAACCAAACAUAAACUCUGCUGUUGUACUUGUAAGUAGAAAGUUUAUUAUUCCUAUUACAGUUUUUCUGGCUUUCGUAGAGAAGUGACUAACAUCUAUACAUUAAGGUAGUAGCUUUUAAUUGUUUCAGAACUUUCCUGGAAAUGCAGGAUGAUUUAAUAUUUCAUGUGGUUUUCUUUCCUGCUUUUGUGCUUCAAAGGAUAGUGAACAAAUUAGCAAAAAUCUCAGAGCCAGCUACCAUCCUAUAUCUGCACAACUCCCACCAGCUUCAACUUGCAAGUUCAGCUUAAUGACUUGAAAUGGAUAUGGCUUUAUAGUCUGCAUGUGAUGAUUGAACUCAUGAUGGUGAUGAGAAAUGAGUAUGUGCCACAGCUGCAGGAUCGAACCUUUAGGAAGUACAUUACCCUAGUAUACAGCUGAAAGCUUCUAGUAUGCCUUAGCUUUUUUCACUACAAUUGAACUUGUAUAUUUUAAUCUAUAUUUCAUCAUAUUUGACUUAAUGUAAGAAAGAAAAUUCAAGAAUUACUCAUUAACUACAGCUAUUUAUGCGUACAUCUAACGAUCUAGAGAUUGUUUCAAAACAGGUUCAGCUGCAAGCAGAAAAAAUGUCUGGUGACUCUCCAGUUCUCCUCUUUAAGAGUUUAUAAAACUUGGAUUUAGAAUGGAAUCUUUAAAGUAAAAAAAAAUAUGGUGAGUUAGGAAUUUUGUUAAAGUGGAAAAAAACCCAAGUAUUAAUUUCAAACUGGACCCAUAAUAGUUAUAGGAUACAUUUUGAAAUCUAUAUAAUUAAGGGCUCUAGAAGGAUUAGAAGGAAGCUUAAAUCAUAGGAUUUUUAAACUGAAAUGCAGUCAUAGGCUAUGCAUAAUAAUGUGGAUUUUUUCCUACAUUGAUCAGCUGAAGGACAGUAGAAUGGGUAAUGAUGAAAUUACUGUAGAAUCCAGGUCAUGACUUAUAAACAACCAUUACUGUAAGCAAAAGAAUACAACAAUACUGUUUUCCUUUUCAAUAGAUAGGUAUACGAAUGAAAUGAAUACAAGAAUAAUGAGUGGCCAGACUCCCAUAAUAUUUUUGACAUAGAUGGAUGAUGGAUGGUGAUAGGCUCUCAUCUUGCUUUUCCUGCAAGUAGAUACUUUUUCUGAGUAUCUACUCUUCCAUCUGAAUUCUACUGACUGUAAGAUCAUGAUCUCUCACAAUAUUUUUCUUAGUAUCAUAGUUUUGAUGGUUUCCUGAUUUGACAGUUCAGAUCUCUUCAAACAGACUGGCAUAUGUUGAGGUAUUACCAGCAAAAUCUGGAUGAUGUCUCUCACCCACUAUAUUCCCUAAGGCAGGACAGACUUCUUUGUUCUCUGUACAGAUUUUGGGGUCCUGUGGUUAUGAUUCUUAUCUUGAAACAAAUAGAAAAAGACUACUGAGGUUUGAUACUGCUUUCCAUUGCUAUAUCCAGUCUCAUCUGUAUAAAGUUAACAGCUCUAAGAAGGUUUCUAAUCAACUUCAAAAAGACUCUGGGAGCUCUGCCUUUAGGGUCAAAACUCCAGGGCAUGAGACUUGGAAUUUGGAAGGCAUUUGGGAAUAGAUAUUUUAUUCUUAUAUCAUGGCAAAAAAGCAAUGGCUUCUCUCAGUGACCUAUCCCCAGAAAGGGGAAACCAACAUAUUUAUAUGGAUUCAAAAUAAUUUAAAAAGCAUCUGAGGCUUUCAGAUUCUAAAUCCUUUUCUGACUUCUCAGACUAGCAUUUUCAAUAUAACAUUCACAGAUUUACUUCUGGGCAAAAAGUCUCAGGUUUUACAUAACCCGCUGACAUUCAAAUGAUUUUUUCCAAUCGCAGUAGAGUUUUGACUUCAACUUGGCUGCCAGUAUUGUAGGAGAAUUUGAAUAAAUAAAUCUUUAAAAGCAGCCUUGAUAAGUUUUUUAAUCAGUUCAGAAGAGCUUCUGCUUAAGCCAAAUUUGUUUCAGUUUAUAGAAGUGAUGCCGAAUAGUUUAGCCUGCCAAUUUAAGCAAAUCUCAUAGUGCUCCUAAAGUGUAUACCAUUCCCACUAAUUUCUACAUUUUCUUUGAACUCAUUUACAUAAAUGAAUAGUAUAAUCCCAGCCUCAGAGUCCUUGAGUGAGAACUGUUUAGCACAUGUGGCCACCAAAGUCUAUGGAAAGAUUUCUGUCUGUGGAAAGAUUUUUGUGGAAAUUGGGCUUGGUUCUUGGGUUCCCUGAGACCACUGUAAUUACGAAUGGAUUUUUCCUCUCCCUUUCAUUGAAAUCAGUGAGAAUUGCUUACUCAGAGACCUUUAAAGUAUAAACUUUUAAAGUUCUAGCCUUUCAACAGCCUAGCUUCAAUACAUGUUUGAGAAAUAAUUGUUUUGUAAGAUGUUGAUUUCAUUUGUACACUGUAAAUCCAGAUAUUAAUGAGAACUUAAGGUGGCCUAAGCUGAAGUUUUAAGUGACUGGAUAUUUACACCCUGCUGAGGGCAUGAUCCAAAAGGUAUGGCAUUAAGGUUUGGCUCACUUUAACUCUGUUUCCUGUUGGGAAAUUCUCCAGUUUAAUGUUUUUAUUUUUUUUAAAUUAAAACCAACUGUCUUUCCACAAAGAGGGGGAAAGUGUAGGAUUCUUGAAAUCAAAGAUCAAAGAAAAGCAAUUCUCUAGUCACAGUUGGGCAAUGUCAGAAUUUCUGAACUCCAGGUACUUUAGUGUUAUGUGAACAAACAGCAUGGGUUGCAGCCACUAGCAAGCACAAGAAUAUCUCUGAGACCCUGCUGGCUUCUGUGAAGAGCAAAGGGUGAUAUUAUCAGCAAAAUUGUUUUUUUAAAAAAAAACCCUACUGGGAUAAAUUAUUAAACAGAAGUUAUACAUAAGAAGAAUUCAUAUUUUGUUAAAUCUAGCAAAUUGUUGGCAUGUAAUAUAAACAAUAAAUUCUUUCCUGCUGGAGGAAAACUCACUGUAAUUAAUUAAACUUAUACCAGGGAUAAAGUUUGUGCAGCAGAUACAAAGUAAAAUUCAUUGAAAUAAUUUUUUAUUUUUAAUGAGUUCAGUGGUUACAAAAUAGUUGUGUAACAAUUUAAAGAUCUAGAUUUAGUGAACUUUUUGAGCUGCUUGCUAUUUGACUAAUAUUAGUAGUCUAGAGAUUAAUAAAUAAUAACAGUUCUGCAGACUUGAAAAAGAGCUGGACAGUCAUGCAUGCAGCCUGUGUCAGCACAGAAGAAUGUUUCUGUAUUGUUCCUAAAGAUUUUCUCUGAGAAAAAAAAAGCUCCUCUUGAUACAUACAUUUUCCCUUGAUUUGGAAGUAAAAUAUUUCCAAAUAUGAUUUGUAUUAAAAUUUCCAAAUAUUGUGUCAACUUGUAGAAUAGCUUAAAGGAAAGAAGGGAAGGCUAGGAUGACAUUGAAUAGUCACAAGUGUGUUGGAGGAUAGAAAUCUUAAAUAGUAUAAUAUCUGUGAACAACCAAGAGGCUACAUUCUGCUCUCAAUUACUCUGGCAUAAAUCUAAAAUUACUCAUUGGAAGUUCAAAGUUUUUGCUGCAGAUUUACACCCAUAUAAUGAAGAACAGAGUUCAGUUACGUAAGGGUGGGAAAAUCAAUUUGGCCAGAAUGUAACUAGCCUGGAACACAAACUCUAAUCACAAAAGGAAACCUUUUCCAGGUCAGAAAGCAAGACUGCACGUUGUGAAUCCCUCUUUUAUUCUUCCCCUCCUCCUCCAUCAUCUUUAGCUAAUAUAUUCAAGCAAAUAUAGACUCCUGCUCCUUCCAUUAACAUCCCAUGGUAUUAAGCAUUUGACUGCUUCAGCUUUAUUAUGUAAGGCAGAAUAAAAUUGAUCAGGUAUAUUAGAGUCAAGAAAUUCCAUAGAAAGCUAAAAAGUAGAGCAAUGUAAGCAAAAGUGGCUGGAUUAUAGUUCAGAUGAGUAAAAUAUACAGCUAAAACCAAAAUAAUGGGAUAUUUGAAAAUUUCCUAAAUUGAAGUAGGUUUCAGAGAAGACCAGAAUCUUUUGACAGGUUAUUGGAGAAGAUUUUUGAAGAGUCUGCUAGUUACAGAUCCUAGUGUUGCUCAGGUGGUUUGUCCUGCAGAAAUUGUAAUGCUGUGCUGCAAUGGUUUCUGAAAAGAAAAUAAAAAUACUGCCUGCACAUCUUGUUCUUAUUCUGGAGAAUAUUCCCUCACUGGGUGCAGAGAAGGGAAUGGAAUGAAAAAUAAAACUUUCAAAGAGAACUUAAGAAAAAAAAUAAAGAAAUAGAAAAGAAUGAUGUAUGGAAUCUAAUUACAUCUUUUCUAAACAGAGAGAGGGACUGUACUGUAUGUCUUGUACUUGGCCUAGAGAAGUAGUGGGAAUCACACAGUUUCGUACCAAUAGAAAAUCUUUCUGGAUCUAUCAGGAAGGUUACUGUGUGGUUGGCUGUGAUGCUGCACGAACAUGUAAUGAAGACAUUUUCUUUCUAAAGACAUAUCUAUCUGAAGAAAAUACCUUCUGCCUUUGUCACCAUUGAAGGUGCACAUGCCACCAGUGACAUUUUCACUAGUGGCUGUUAACUUAGUUCUUGCUGAUUUGUGCCUUACAGUGCUGUUUAGCUGGAUUCUGCAGCUAAAUAACCAGUAUAGUCUCCAUCCUGGUUUUGAUAAAACUGUGCUUUCUUUGUAGCUCAUCUUAGGGUUAUUGUAGGUGGAAAAAAUUAUUUUGGCUUUCUGUUUUAUUUUUUAAUUUGUGAAUGCUGAUGUUACUUUUAUGGCUGCCAAAUGCUUGUUACAUAUGUCAGUUCUAAAAGCCCAAUUGAUGGAUGAAAGCUGGGAGAGGAGUUGUGUUAUUUGUCUUCCAUCUAGCACUUUUCUAACACUUGAAGGUAAGACCAGUAUAUAAACACAGCUUCCUUUUUUUUUUUUUUUUUUUUUUUUUCUAAAUAACAUGCCACAUCUGUAAGGCAAUAUUUCUAUCCAGUAUGCAGAGAAGCAGGAAGGAAGCAUCUAACAUCUGCAGGAUUUGAAGUUAUUUUUGACAGCUGUGUGCUGUUGAGGGUUUGAUGAUUUCUAUUUUUUUUUUUUUUUUUUUUUUUUUUUUUUUGGUGGAAGAUAAAACAACCCAGGUGAAUCGGCCAAAGGGCAUUAAUGUCUGUCUGACAUGUUAAACAUGCAUACUCAUGUGUACAUAAAAAUACACACAAAAGAUAAAAUAAUGCAUCUAUAUACAGAGUAGCGGUGAGGAAAUGCAACUUGCUGACCGGAAAAGCUGCUGUUGUAAUUUUCGCUUAGAUUUUUGUUGGGAUGACACAAGGCGUGGGGUUUAGCAUAGAUGGGAGAUGUUUGGUAAUGAAAAACAGCAGUUCCUUGACACUUAUUGAUCAAAACCUGGAAGUUUUAGUCUAGUGACGUACAGAACACAUUUCAGAAGUUGGCCUGGAGCACGCUCUGAUCACAGUAGAAUGGAGAAAGGCACAAGCUUUCAAGGCUCAUUGUAGGAAAUGUUCACAUAUGGCCAACAGGAGAUAGAGGCAGAUGGUUGAGAUUUUUAGUAUGUGCAUUGGGCCUAUUUUUAUUUGAAAUAAAAGAGAACCCACUUACAGCUCAACUAUACAUGAUCAAGUUCCAUUGACACACAAGGCCUGUCUGCUUAAUAUUUUGCAGGUAGAGGUGAGUGACCAUCCAUCUCUGCCAGAGUUCCAAGCUGGCCAAGCACAAGACAAGAGCAGGAAAACCACAGUGUGUGUAGUGUUCUGGUGAGGAAACACUGUUGAAAAAUGUGGAUUCUGUAUAGUGUUGUCAUAACUCCUCAAUAAGAGCAGGCAAGUGGCACAAAACACAUGGUUAAAAGAGCAUAUCUGUUUAUCAAAACAAAACAAAAACCUUAGAAUGACUUCAAAGUACAAUGUCUGUUCUUCAUGUAGCAACCUGAGAUCCAAAAUGAAAGUACUGAUCACAGAAAAUAUCCAGCAGUCAGGAUGGUACCUCUGACUAUUAGCAAGAGAUGGUGUGCAAGGGAACUGUGUGGCCUAUAGAAUCAUACAAUUAUUUAGGCUAGAAAAGACUUGUAAGAUCAUAUAGUCAAGCUCCAAACCUAGCACUGCCAUGGGGAGUAGUGCUUCAUCAGUACAUUCACCCAGCAUGAGAUCACUGUAAAUGCCAGAUUUUCUGACGGGAAUUGUGGCAGGGAAGGUGACAUAAUGGUGAUCUUGUAAUGCUUCACCAAAAACAUGACCGUUUUUAAUUCUUUAUGUUGAGAUGUUAUGUUUGCCAUAGGAAAUCUUUAAAAUGUGUAUCAGUGUCUCCUGAAUUACUGCAAAUUACAGGAAAUGUAGGAUAAAUAUAAAAUAUUUAUGUGGUUAAAGAAGAUGAAAAUAUUAUGGAUAUUGUAGGAAGGGUUACUUGAUAACAAAAUUAGUUAUGAUGACUAUCUGCAAAGGCCAACAGGAAACCAAAAACAUUACUGGGAUCAUUCCACUAUACUGAUAAGCAGUGAGGAAUACCAUGCAGUGGUAUUGCACUGCAAUGCAGUGAGGAAAUAUCAUGCAAUAUAUACUACUUCCAUCAAGCUCUGGGGUAGCAGAUGGGUAAAGGUGGUACAGCUACAGUAGGUAUGAACUGUGGGAGUUGCAAGUUGACAUUGAAUGAUUACAGUCUCAAAGCAAGAAGGAAGCAGACAGUACAUCAUGAGUCAGAAGUGCUCCUCCAGUUGCAGUGCAGCUUGCAGUUGUUUAAGGUCAAAUAUCAAAGUUAAUCCCCUAAAAUAUACCCAUCUUUGUUUUCAUGAAGUAUUCUUUAAGUAUUAAUGUAGUCUUUUUUUUUUUUUUUUUAACACCUAUUGCUAACCUUUCACUCCUCCUUCAGUUUUCAUGAUUGUUGAAGAAAUUGUUCUUUCUUCAUUGUUGUCUAUAUACACUUUUGGCAGAGCAAAUGUUCUUCAUAUCUCCUAAAUUCUCUGUGCAGUAAUUUCCAGUGACUGCAGGGGUAUCUGCUGGUGAUAGCAAAGCUGAUUGACUUCAAAGCCUCUUACUGUUGUUUCUGCACUUGGCCAAGAGUUUGAUCAUGACUGUAGCAGAUGUUUCUAAGCUAUUUUUCUACAGUAACUUUUUUUUUUUUUUAAUAGACCAGUGGGAACCUUUUGGAGGAGUUUUUCACUGCAAUGCUAAAGUGAAUGCCAACAUAACUGUGAUUUUGAAAGCCUCUAUCGGAUCCACAGUGCUCAUAAGAGGAAAGUUUCCUGCAGAUGAAAGCAUAGGUUUGCCACUCUGCCAGCCACCUGAUGGCAGAUAAUCAGCAGAUUCCUUCCUGCUUAGUCGCAGUUUCUUUUUAUGAGUUAUUUUUUACAGUUUGUUAGGAAAUUUCAUAGUAAGUAAAGCAAGUCAAUUUCUCUGAAGAAAUUUUGGAUGAAAGUUCUGAACAGUUCACAGUUAGUAUCGAGAGUCAGAACAGCUUUGAUUAACUGCAAAUAACGCCAAUUUCCUUCUCAUCUAAUUAGGGCUUAUAAGUGUCUCCUAGCAUCAACUGAAAUAUUCCAUCAAAAUUUUUGGGGUGUAUGUACAUUGGGAAAAUUUUUUUCCAGGGUAAUUUGUAUUGAAGGCAGUAGUGAUUGCAGAGAAUUCAUGAGGACCAUAUUUUGAGGGGAACACCAAACAAUUUAAACUUUGAUCAAAAUUUCAAACUGAACAAAACUUCUUCCAUCAAUAUCAUUAUUAAAAACAGGCUAGGAAUUCUGUUCCUCACCACUUCCACUGAAAGUAAUGUUAUCACUUAAGAGCUUAAUGACACAUUCUAUAAAUGUCUGGUUUUCUUGUGUCUAUCUUAGACAUUGUCUCCAGCAGUUCUACAAAGAGCUGAAGCUCUUAAUUACCCUGAUACGGUAGAAAUCAGAAUUCACCAGGGCCCACCAAAAGUGAUACAGAGCCAGAAAUCCUUUCAGAGGAAAAAAGACAAAUUGGGCUGAAAGCAGAAAUGGAAAAAGGGGAAGAUAUGUAUCAGUGUCCAGGAGGAUGCUGGAGAAUCCAGUGUGCCUGCAAUGACUGUGUCCUGGAGAGUCUUUGUAAAUGAGAAAGCAAGGAGACAAGGAAAAAAGAUAGAAAAGCUGUGACUUCAAUCCUUAGGAUGACUGUUAGAUUUCUGACCAGUUUAUGCUUAUUGUGGGCAUAUUUCCUUGUUAGCUGCAGUUAACAUCAACUUUGAGAGUCUUCAGCGUUUGUUGUUUGGGUAAUUUAUUUAGAAAUGAACAAACAGAAUAUCCUUUUCUUUCCCUUUUCCUCUUCCACCUCCCAAAGAGAAAAGCUGAUCCUUUCAUUAAGCUUUACCAGCUGGCUGUGUGGUCUAGCCAGUAGAUCAGUAUGUAAAUACUUACAUAGUGUGUUCAGUUGCCAUCAGUUCUUUCUUAUCCUUCUAAAAUUUUAGUUUAUGUUUUCCAAUCCUAUAGUAUUUAAGCUCAAAUCCAUUAAGCCAAAUACUUAAUGAUUAAAUAGAGUGGACAACAAAGAGAAAAAAUUGUAAUUUUUAACCCACACAGGUAUAGAAUUAAAAAAAAACCCCACUACUUAAGAAAGAAAGUACUGAAGCCCCAUUUGGACCUGGGAAGAUCAUUUAGCCUCAUGGUUCCACUUGACAAUAUUUUAAUAUACUUUACAUACUUCACAGGGUAGUAUGGUACUAAGUUGCACAUAAAAGCUUGAAAAUAUCUGAUGGAAGAUGCUGCAAAUGUACAGCAUGAAUGAAUUAUAGAAAAAUUGGUCACUUUAUCAGUUAAUGCUUUCAAACUCCUUUUAAACUUCUGUCUGAGUUUUGAAAGGCCAAAUAGUUCAGACAAUAAAACUAUAUCCUUAUUUAAAAAUUGUCCUCUUUGAAAAACUUCCCCAAACAUUUAGCCAAAGCUGAAGGAUUUCCUUUAGGAAGCCGGAUGCACCUUUUUCUGUGACUGUAACUGGGCUUUGGAUUAUAUAUCUUUUGGAAUACAAAGCUAUUAAGAAAAACAACAGCAGCUUACUCAGUAGCAGUACAUACUUGCAGAUAGGUUUAAAUACUUGCUAAAUGUCUUGCCUUGAGACUAAUGGUUUCACCUGAUUUUUGUAAUAACAAAAAUAAUGUCCAUAGAAUUAUGCUGUGAACAUGAGUUGGAGCUGAAGGAUUUGUCUCAUCAGUAUCUAACAGGUUGAACGUAUUUUGUUAUACCAAACAGACAUGUGGUGUGCAUCUUACUUGCAUUUUUAAAGUUUAAACCUGUCUUAUAUGGAGUAAAUAAAUAAAUCAUCUUGAUUCAGGUACCUUCCAUAUUUUAGAACCAUUGGUUGCUUUUUCAGGAGUUGUCCAACCCCGGCUGGGGAAAACUUUCUGCUCAACCUGAAAUCAGUGAGCACAAAAUCUUGUGAUUCUAUCGGCUCAUGUAAACUCUAUACACAGCUGCUAUACCAGUGGGAUGAAGUGGGGAAAUAGCUCAGAACAGAGCUCUGCAGUCUCUGGACCCCUGACAUUUCCUGUUUGACCCUCUACACAUGCAACAGCUUCCUUGUUGAAGAUCAUAGAGCAGAAGGAGCAAACAAAUAUCUUGGCUCCACUUUUGAGGCAGGUGUCCCCUCUCUUGAUAUUUCCUGUGCUCUGGGACACACUGCCAGCUGUCUGUGCAGUUCAUGUGAACAGUUUGUCUGAGGGCUGGAGGUGCAGAAGGGGAGCAACCUUCAUGGGAUUUCUAUUGGUAUCAGACUCAAUAAAGGAAAGGAAAUACAUGCUGGGGUGUUGUGCUGUGAACAGUUAUUUCUGUUCAGUCCUGAGAACAAAAAUUCACCAUAACAUUACAAGUGCCUGAUACCUUCUUUCAUGAAGCGGUUUAGACUUCAGGUGUGUUUGCUCCUGUUAUUUGAAAUAAAUACUAAAUUUUUUUCAAGGUGUGAGGACUAUUAUACUGAAUGCAUACAUGCUGUCUUACUUUGAGGUACAGAUCAUUAAUAUAAUCUAUAAUUUCUGUAAAAAUUUUGAUUGUGUGACACUUUCAGUCAUGCUUUACAGCUAGAUUGUCACUAUUUUAUCAGCUAAAACAGUGGCCCUGCUUUCAACAUAUCACUGGGACUGCCACUACUGAUGAUAAAACUACUAAAGAUUGUUUUGACCUUUGCUCUGUUUCCCCAUUUUUUGGUUCCUCUUUACACUUUUAUCUUCUUACCUAGUGUCCCAAUUGAAAUGCUACCCUCUAUUUUUUCCCACACCUUAGUUUUCUUCUGGCUUCCUCAUAAGUCUCCAACCUUUCCUGCACAUCAUUUCCCUUGUGUCAGGACUUCAGUCGUGAUCUGUGUUCAUCCUUCUGAAUCCAGAUGAUGUCCCCUACCUGCCUGGCUGGAGGAUGUCUACUCUAAAGACUAAGAGGAUAAAUUAUAAACCUACAGUUCAUCUCUGAACAAUGUUAGCCUGACAUGUUUCUCUGCAGUCCCUUUCUAGAUGUAUCAGUUUAAUGCAACCAAGUCAAUAUGUGUGUCCCUUACUCUGUUAGUCAUACCUUUUUACUCACUGCUUUCUCUAUCCUGACUGUAAUACUUUUGUCCCUCAUGCCAGUGUUGUGAUUGAUUUCAUGUAACUCCAGGUUAUAGCCUUCUCCACCCCUGUUUCUCACAGAUACGCCUUUUUUCUGUUUGGACAUUAUUCACACGUAUCUAAAUCAUCCUCAUUUUAACUUAGGGUUCUCCCUGUCUGCCCUGCUUGACAGUCACAUAGCUUUCCAUUACAGAGAUCCUGAAGAAAAUGCUACCAAAUUCACAUGGUCAGCUUGAUGCCUGACAAUGUGCCCUUCUUUGCAGCUUCUAACUUUGCCCUUUCCCCACAAUUCCUUCCCUUAGAGAAUCUUUGGACACCUUUUGCCUGCAGUGUCAUCCCACCAGCACCUGCAUCUGGUGAUAGUUUGUGUAUGUUGUCCACAGGUGCUUUAUCCUGUACUUUCCUGUUUGUGUGGAAAACAGUACUGAAGCUUAGUUUUUAAAUAUCUUUCCCCCAAGACAGGCUUCAUAAAACCCACAUUCACCAGGAGGUACAAGGGCUUUCAAGCAAAAAUUCUAGCUGAGUGAUUUCAAAGAGCAGCAGAUGUUUGUUUAUUUAUAUUUUGCUUAGAAUUAGAGAAGAUAAGAAAAGGAAGACUAGGCUUGUAGCUGCAUUCUUACUUACAGAAUAUAAUUCUUACAGAAUAUAAUUGUUUUCCUCCAUUAUUCUUCAUGAUUCCUGCAAAGAAUCUUGCAUACUCUUUUUUGCAUCUUCAGUAGACUGGAAGCACAUCUGUGAUUUCUUGUUGUACAUAUUCUAGGUAGUUUGGGUUCUGAAGUUGAUGGCCCUGACCUGGUACUAGCUUUAAAGUCAACAUAUAAUAAAAAAAAUAUUUGAAAAGAGUAGCAGUAACACCAGCCUCACAUCAUUGUUUCCAAAUCCGGUAUUACAGAUGACUCCUAGUAAGUUUGCUUACUUAUUACUUUCAGGGUUUCUGGGCUGGGAAAAUGGGUUGCAAAAGAGACUGUGGGUAUCAUGACCUCAUCAUUCAUAUUCAAAAGAAGAUCAGCAAGAUUACCAAAGUGCAUUAUUUUGUAAAAUUAUAACCCCGGGAAGUAAUAAGAGUCAAUUACAUUUUUUUGGCAAAGUUCUUUUUAAGAAAGUUUCUGUCUCAUGGCUGUAGUUUAUUCUUUGUCUUGAUCAUUGACUAACAAUUCUCAUAAGGAUUUUUCAUCUUCUUAAACCUUGCAAGAGAUAAAUCCCUCUUUUCCUGUGGUCCACUUCAGUCUUUGCAUAUGUGCGUUUUCUGAAGUGUUAACUGUUAACAGUUGUGCCUAAGAAAUCUAAAUUCCUUACACAGCCUCAAUGUUUUUUAAUGGUGGAAAACAAAUGCAGACUGCACAAGGAGGUUUCUACCCCUUUGUUCCGCGGAAGAUCUGAAAUACCACACUGAACAAGAAUAUUCGAAUCAUUGGAGCAAAUUGAUGUAUCCUGUUGGCUGAACUUGUCCAAAAUGCAGAGAAGCUAUCUCUGCAUUCUUGCUCAAAACCCAUUGCAUCUGUUGUUAAUGGUGGCAAAAUCAAAUGGCAGAUAAGCAGAGGAUUCUGAAAUGUUUUUGCUGAUUCUCUGUAUUCUCAAUUUAAAACUCAGGAGAUUACUACAAGUUAAACUCCUACAAACCACAAACAAGAGCGGGGUAGUUUGUAAGUCAAUACAGAGAGCUGAAUUUCUUUACUUUGUCAGUGUGAUCUUUGUAAAUUAAUGAUAGAGGACAAGACAUAUCCCACGUUUAUAAUGCAAAAUAAUUUAAAAGCAUGAGUUAAGAUCUUUUUAGUGUGCUUCUCAUUUACUUUCUUUUCAGUGCUUUUUUUAACUUUUGCCAUCCUUGCUUUGAGAACAUAAAAGUCCAGAGGGCUCUUAUUAUUUCUUGUGCUUUUAUCUGUGGUGGUAAUAGCACAUACUGUUCAAGGAAGGUAUAGUUAAUACCAUGUAGUAUAUUGUGGCAGAAUAAGUCAAGUAAUCUUGUGUUUUAUUUUGGAAGACAUAACAAAAAACCCCAAGUCUAUAAUGCUGGGUGAUAAAAUCCCCUAGGAGUUGAAUGGUGUGAUGUUUCUGCACAGGUUGUUUCCUCAUGUCAGUUUAAAAGGGUUUCCCCUGCUACAGGAUCUCAAAGGAAUUUACAGUUGUUCUUUUAAGUAAGUGUUUAUGCGGCUCAACAAUUUGGACUGUCCAUCAUGACUCAUUUUGGAGCCUGCUCUGCCUGCCUGACUUGUAUUUCUAUGUGCAAGGAUUUGAGGUUGCCAGAAAGAAUAUUUCAGUGAGCAACAAGCAGAAAUGAUGUGUUGGACAUGGGCUUCAUGGAGCUUUCAAUGUUUUUAGAAAGGGAAGUGUUAACACUGAAUAGAUGACGUUAAUACCACCACCAAGAAAGAAAAAAAAAAUAAAAAAUAGCUCUGAAAGCUGUCUUGACUAAAUCUUCUAACAAUGCUUGCAGUUCUUCUAUAUCCUGCUCUGUUUUUGUAUGGAUUUUUCAUAGCACAGACAGACGUUACCCACCCCAGAGUGUGAUUCAGUGUCGGUUUCUAGCCAUGCUCUUGCACGAUUUUAACCUGAUUUCAUGGGAGGAACAGAGAAUGAAACACCGUAGCUCAUGGUUGUCAGCAGUGAAAAAUAGCCAGGAAUCAGACAAACAGCUUCAUUGCUGAGAUUAUUUCCGGGAUGAAAACUCGUCCAACAGCUGUUUGUUUUGGCCACUACUCAGGUCCUUUUUUUUUCUUAAGCAGGAAAAAAAAAAAAAAAAAAGAGGUUUGUUUUUUUUUUAAGAUGUGGGCUGGUUAUUUAUGUAGUCAGGAAGAGGUCUCUGCUUCCAGUGUUGUGGUCUCGGAGCUGUGUUGACAGUUGGAGUACGGGGAGGUUUCCUCUCUUCUCUCUCUCUUUUUCUCCCAUCCUUCAUUCACUUAAUGCACAGACCUGGAAUGCUGCAGGAAGAAGAGAAAGUGAAUUUAUGAGUUCUUUAAUCCCAGACAGGCAGCUCUGUAGCAGUUACCUUCAAGAAAAGUUCACGCCCCAAAGGAGCGUUUAGUCUUACAGAGCCACUGACUCACUGAGCAGUGUGUGUGAGUGGCUGUGAGGGAGAAGGGGAGAGAUGAAGGAAAAAUUUUGCUUCCUUGUGGAACUCGUAAUAUUUUUGUUUUAAGACUUUUUGAAAAGAUGACUGCUACUUUUGUUUAAAGCAUUUGCUCUGAAAUUGCUGAAGCUGGAGUCUACCAGACUGAGGUCAGGAGCAUUUUAUUUGGCAGAAAGAAGAUAACUUUUAUAGAAGCCAUGCCUGUGCUUGGGGUUGCCUCCAAGCUGAGGCAGCCUGCUGUAGGGUCAAAGCCUGUCCACACUGCCCUCCCAAUACCCAGCCUUGGCUCCACCAGCUCACAGAAGUACUCACCAAAGUCCUUGGAGCUUACUGGGGCAGAGAGCUCGAUGCUUUCUUGUCAGCUUACAUUAAAGUCAACCUGUGAUUUUGGAGAGAGGAAAACGCUUCAAGGAAAAACCCAGGAGAUUGAAGAUAGCAAGAUUUACACUGACUGGGCUAACCACUACCUAGCAAAAUCUGGCCACAAGCGGUUGAUCAAGGAUUUGCAACAGGACAUUGCAGAUGGAGUUCUGCUAGCAGAAAUCAUCCAGAUCAUCGCAAAUGAAAAGGUUGAAGAUAUCAAUGGCUGUCCACGGAGCCAGUCUCAAAUGAUUGAGAAUGUUGAUGUCUGCCUUAGCUUUCUGGCAGCCAGAGGCGUAAAUGUCCAAGGUCUUUCUGCAGAAGAAAUAAGGAAUGGAAAUUUGAAAGCCAUUUUAGGGCUGUUUUUCAGUUUGUCUCGGUACAAACAGCAGCAACAUCAUCAGCAACAGUACUACCAGUCUUUGGUGGAGCUACAACAGCAAGUCACUUCGACUCCAGCUGAAGUCAGCCAGUCCAAAACACAUCAAGAUAUGCAGUCAAGUCUCACAGCCAGAUAUGCAACUCAGUCUAAUCACAGUGGAAUUGCAACCAGUCAAAAAAAGGCUUCUAGGCUUCCAGGACCCUCAAGAGUUCCAGCUGCAGGCAGCAGUACCAAAGUCCAGGGAGCUUCCAAUUUAAAUCGGAGAAGUCAGAGCUUUAACAGCAUUGACAAAAACAAGCCUCCACAAUAUGCAAAUGGUAAUGAAAAAGAUUCACCAAAAGGCCCUCACCCCUCUUCAGGCAUGAAUGGAAAUGUGCAGCAUCCCACCAGCACCGGGCAGCAGCAGGUCUCUGCCAUACCCUCUCCAAGUGCCAGCAAGCCUUGGCGCAGCAAAUCCAUGAAUGUCAAACACAGCGCGACCUCUACCAUGCUGUCUGUGAAGCAGCCCAGUCCCGCAACCUCCCCUACUCCAACUUCAGACAGGCUCAAGCCACCCCCUUCUGAAGGUGUGAAGCCCCCUUCAUCUGGACAAAAAUCUAUGCUGGAAAAAUUCAAGCUGGUUAAUGCUAGGACUGCUCUGAGACCUCCUUUGUCACUUAGCUCAGGACCCAGUGACAGUGGGAGAGAGGAUGACAACUUUUCAGAGUGUGGUGAAAUGGAUGUCUUGAGUGGUGGGGUGAACAGCGGCGGCUCCACAAGCAGCAGUCCCAAAGUAUCGCCCAAGUUAGCUCCUCCAAAAGCUGGCAGCAAAAAUCUCAGCAAUAAAAAGUCUUUGCUACAGCCAAAGGACAAAGAGGAAAAGAACAGGGACAAAAACAAAGUUUGCACUGAGAAAGCAGUCAAGGAAGAGAAGGAUCAGGUCACUGAAUCAUCUACAAAGAAGAGUUCAAAAAUUGCAAGCUUAAUCCCAAAGGGAAGCAAGACAACAGCAGCCAAGAAAGAAAGUUUAGUGUCAUCUUCUAGUGGGAUCCCAAAACCUGGAUCAAAGGUGCCAACAGCAAAGCAGAGUACUUCCUCCACAUGUACAGGGAGUAAGGAGGUUGAAAAACUGAGGACUACAAAAGGAAACCAGUCCCAGUCAACACCAAAAUCCCAGUUUAGUGAGAAGGCUUCUCCUUCCGCUGGUCUUUCUUCUUCUGAAGGGAAAGAACCAAGUGCUGCUCUCCCCCCAGGAUCCUCUGUUGGUCUGUCAGCCUCGAUGGCUGCAGGCAGUGGCCAAGGCACAGGAAAUGGUGUAGUCCAGCUUCCUCAGCAACAGCAAUACAGCCACCCCAACACCGCCACGGUAGCUCCUUUCAUUUAUAGAACUCUCUCAGAAAAUGACAGUACCUCACUACCACCUGCUGAUUCCUGUACUAGUCCUACUAAAAUGGAUUUGUCGUUUAGUAAGACUGCCAAACAGUGCCUAGAAGAGAUAUCUGGGGAAGACCCUGAAACAAGAAGAAUGAGAACUGUCAAGAAUAUUGCAGACCUGAGACAGAAUUUGGAAGAAACCAUGUCCAGCCUUAGAGGGACCCAGAUAAGCCACAGCACACUGGAGACAACUUUUGACAGCACUGUGACAACUGAGGUGAAUGGGAGAAGCAUACCAAGCUUAUCCAGCCGAUCGACCCCUGUGACUUGGAGGCUGGGGCAGGCCAGUCCUCGGCUGCAGGCAGGAGAUGCUCCAUCCCUGGGUGCUGGUUAUCCUCGCAGCAGUGCAAGUCGCUUCAUCCACACAGACCCUUCUCGGUUCAUGUACACCACCCCGCUUCGCCGAGCUGCUGUUUCUCGCCUUGGAAAUAUCUCACAGAUUGACAUGAGUGAGAAGGGAACUGGUGAUUUGGACAUAUCCUCUGAAGCAGAUGUUGGUGGCUACAUGAGUGAUGGAGACAUUCUUGGGAAAAGCCUGAGGACUGAUGACAUCAACAGUGGGUACAUGACAGAUGGAGGACUCAACCUAUAUACAAGAAGUCUGAACCGAAUACCAGACCUUGCUGCCUCUCGAGACGUCAUCCAGAGAGGAGUUCAUGAUGUGACUGUGGAUGCUGACAGCUGGGAUGACAGCAGCUCGGUUAGCAGUGGCCUCAGUGACACUCUUGACAACCUCAGCACAGAUGACUUGAAUACCACCUCAUCUGUUAGCUCUUAUUCCAACAUAACAGCCUCUUCAAGGAAGAACACUCAUGCCCAGCUGAAGACAGACUCAGAGAAGCGCUCAGUUACAGACAGUGAAACUUGGGGCAGCACUGAAGAGCUGAAGAAGCCAGAGGAAGACUUUGACAGCAGCGUAGACAGCAGUGGCAAGUGGAAGGGCCUUCCCUCAGGGCUGUCUGAAGAGUCAGAGAAGGGGGGGCAGAAAACAUCUCUGUCUGUAUCACAGACCGGAUCUUGGAGGAGAGGCAUGACUGCACAAGUAGGAACAACUCAGUCCAGGCACAAAGCAGGAACAAGUGCACUCAAGACCCCAGGAAAAACUGAUGAUGCAAAAGCUUCAGAAAAAGUGAAAACUCCCCUGAAAGGAGCCUCCAUACAGCGAUCUCCAUCAGAUGCAGGAAAAAGCAGUGGUGAUGAAGGGAAAAAGCCUCCUUCUGGCAUUGGGAGAUCAACUGCUACAGGGUCAUUUGGAUUCAAAAAGUCUGGGUUGGGAUCUUCUACUAUAAUCACCACAAGUGGAGCGACCAUCACAAGUGGGUCAGCAACACUAGGAAAAAUUCCAAAAUCUUCAGCCAUCAGUGGGAAGUCCAACGCAGGAAGGAAGACAAGCUUAGACGGUUCCCAAAACCAGGAUGACGGCGUCCUGCAUGUGAGCUCAAAGACAACUCUGCAGUACCGGAGUCUGCCUCGCCCAUCGAAAUCCAGCGGCAGUGGGAUCCCUGGCCGGGGCGGCCACCGCUCCAGCACCAGCAGCAUCGACUCCAAUGUGAGCAGCAAGUCUGCGGGUGCUGCUGCCACCAAACUGCGAGAGCCAAGCAAGAUCGGGUCCGGGAGGUCCAGCCCUGUCACCGUCAACCAGACAGACAAGGAAAAAGAGAAAGUGGCCGUGUCAGAUUCUGAAAGCGUCUCACUGUCCAGCUCCCCUAAAUCCAGCCCAACUUCCGCAAGCGCCUCUGGCACACCAGGACUUAGACAGCCAGGAUCCAAAUACCCAGAUAUUGCUUCCCCCACAUUUCGAAGGUUGUUUGGUGCCAAGGCAAGUGGUAAAGCUGCCUCUGCACCCAGUACUGAAGGUGUGAAACCCACAUCGGCAAUGCCCAGCCCUAGUACCACAUUGGCACGGCAAGGCAGCCUGGAAUCGCCAUCCUCGGGCACAGGCAGCAUGGGCAGUGCAGGUGGGCAAAGUGGUAGCAGCAGCCCCCUCUUCAGUAAACCUUCGGACUUAAAUGCAGAUGUUGUAAGCUUAAGUCACUCCCUGGCUUCCAGUCCUGCCUCAGUGCACUCUUUUACAUCAGGUGCUCUUGUGUGGGCUGCAAACCUGAGCAGCUCUUCAGCGGGCAGUAAGGACACACCAAGUUACCAGUCCAUGACUAGCCUUCACACCAGUUCCGAGUCUAUUGACCUCCCUCUUAGCCAUCAUGGCUCUCUCUCUGGACUGACAACAAGCACUCAGGAGGUUCAGAGCCUGCUCAUGAGGACUGGAAGCGUCAGAUCUACUCUUUCGGAAAGCAUGCAGCUUGACAGAAAUACACUACCCAAAAAGGGAUUAAGAUAUACACCAUCAUCCCGGCAGACAAGUCAGGAGGAAGGCAAAGAAUGGCUACGCUCCCACUCAACUGGAGGCCUGCAAGACACUGGCAGUCAGUCCCCACUUGUUUCUCCUUCAGCUAUGUCUUCAUCUGCAACUGGAAAAUAUCACUUUUCCAACCUGGUGAGUCCAACCAACCUAUCACAGUUUAACCUUCCUGGACCCAGCAUGAUGCGUUCAAACAGCAUCCCUGCACAAGACACUUCUUUUGAGCUCUAUGAUGACUCCCAGCUGUGUGGCAGUGCUACGUCCUUAGAAGAGAGACCACGAGCAAUCAGUCAUUCAGGUUCAUUCAGGGACAGCAUGGAAGAAGUACAUGGGUCCUCAUUAUCACUUGUCUCCAGCACAUCCUCUCUCUACUCUACGGCAGAAGAAAAGGCACAUUCAGAGCAAAUUCAGAAGCUACGAAGAGAGUUGGUUGCAUCACAGGAGAAAGUUGCUACCCUUACUUCUCAACUUUCAGCAAAUGCUCAUCUAGUAGCAGCUUUUGAAAAAAGCUUGGGAAAUAUGACAGGCCGAUUGCAAAGUCUAACAAUGACAGCUGAACAAAAGGAAUCUGAGCUUAUAGAGCUAAGGGAAACCAUUGAAAUGCUGAAAGCCCAGAAUUCUGCUGCACAAGCUGCUAUUCAAGGAGCCUUGAAUGGCCCCGAUCAUACCCACAAAGAUUUACGUAUAAGGCGGCAACAUUCUUCAGAAAGUGUUUCCAGUAUCAACAGCGCUACAAGUCAUUCCAGUAUUGGCAGCAGUAAUGAUGCUGAUUCCAAAAAAAAGAAAAAGAAAAACUGGCUAAGAAGCUCUUUCAAACAGGCCUUUGGAAAGAAAAAGUCCACCAAACCUCCUUCCUCACAUUCAGACAUAGAAGAGCUGACAGAUUCCUCCCUUCCUUCCUCACCUAAAUUACCGCACAGCUCAGGAGAAUGUGCAACAACAUCGAUGAAACCAUCCCAGUCAGCAUCUGCGAUCUGUGAGUGCACAGAGGCAGAGGCUGAAAUUAUUCUUCAGCUAAAAAGUGAGCUGAGGGAGAAGGAGCUAAAAUUAACGGAUAUUCGUCUGGAAGCCCUCAGCUCUGCACACCACCUGGAUCAGAUCCGAGAAGCCAUGAACCGCAUGCAGAAUGAAAUAGAGAUUCUGAAAGCUGAGAAUGAUCGCUUAAAGGCAGAGACUGGAAAUACUGGAAAGCCUGCCCGGCCACCAUCAGAGUCGUCAAGCAGCACAUCAUCUUCUUCAUCACGGCAAUCACUAGGACUUUCUCUGAACAAUUUAAACAUCACAGAGUCAGUUGCAUCAGAUAUUUUGUUGGAUGAUGUCACUGAUGGAACACUCCAUAAAGAAGGUCAUAGUGUCAAAAUUUUAGUCACUAUAAACAAAGGCUAUAGUCGAGCCAAGGAUCAAAAGCCACAUGCAUACCUAAUAGGAUCAAUUGGAGUCAGUGGAAAAACAAAAUGGGAUGUUUUAGAUGGUGUAAUCAGACGUCUCUUUAAGGAGUAUAUUUUUCGAGUGGAUCCAACUACUAGCCUGGGUUUAAGCUCUGACUGCAUUGCUAGCUAUUGUAUAGGGGAUGUAACUAGAGCCCAUAGCCUAGAAGUGCCUGAACUGCUGCCUUGUGGAUAUCUGGUUGGAGAUAAUAACAUCAUCACUGUGAACCUGAAAGGAGUAGAAGAAAACAGCUUGGACAGUUUUGUGUUUGACACAUUAAUUCCUAAGCCAAUUACCCAACGGUACUUUAAUUUACUGAUGGAGCAUCGCAGAAUUAUUCUGUCGGGACCCAGUGGCACAGGAAAAACGUAUUUAGCUAACAGGCUGGCUGAAUAUAUUAUAACUAAAUCUGGCAGGAAAAAACCUGAGGAUGCAAUUGCAACUUUUAACAUAGAUCACAAAUCAAGCAAGGAUCUGCGACAAUAUCUAGCAAGCUUAGCUGAGCAAUGCAGUGCUGACAACAAUGGUGCUGACCUCCCUGUCGUCAUAAUUCUUGAUAACCUCCACCACAUCAGUUCACUAAGUGACAUCUUCAACGGUUUCCUCAACUGUAAAUACAAUAAAUGUCCCUAUAUUAUUGGAACCAUGAACCAAGGAGUUUCUUCUUCACCAAAUCUGGAGAUGCAUCACAAUUUCAGGUGGGUGCUAUGUGCUAAUCACACAGAGCCUGUUAAGGGUUUCUUAGGAAGAUAUCUGAGAAGGAAACUGAUAGAAACUGAAAUAGAAAAGAGCAUACGCAAUAAUGAGCUUAUUAAAAUCAUUGACUGGAUCCCCAAAACAUGGCAUCAUCUCAACAGCUUCCUAGAAACACACAGCUCUUCAGAUGUAACCAUCGGUCCCCGUCUCUUCCUCCCUUGCCCUAUGGAUGUUGAUGGCUCCAGAGUGUGGUUCACAGACCUUUGGAACUAUUCCCUGGUUCCAUAUCUUCUGGAAGCUGUAAGAGAAGGACUCCAGAUGUACGGUAAGAGGGCACCCUGGGAGGAUCCCUCCAAGUGGGUAGCUGAUACCUAUCCAUGGAGUUCUGCAACUCUACAGCAUGAAUGGCCAUCACUACUUCAGUUAAGACCUGAAGAUGUUGGUUAUGAAGGUUAUGCAUCAGCAAAAGAAGGAACAACCUCUAAGCAUGUUCCACAGACUGAUACAGAGGGGGAUCCCUUGAUGAAUAUGCUAAUGAGGCUUCAAGAGGCAGCCAACUAUUCGAGCGCACAGAGCUGUGACAGUGAUAGCACCAGCCACCAUGACGACAUUUUGGAUUCAUCCCUUGAAUCAACUCUCUGAAAUGGACAAAUCUUGCUGUAGGAUGAUGGUAAAAUCUGUUUCCACUAGACCACUGCCAGUAUUAAAGCAGCACACCGAGGUCUCUCAGUAAGAAUGGUGUGUUGUAGGGAGGCAGGAGAACUAACUCUGCAAAGUCAGGAAGAAAGAUUGAAGUGGAAAGCUUGAAUUAGUUUAGUUUCAAGGCAUUUCAAUACCUAUGGAGCCGAGUGAGACUCCAUUUGUCAACUGGAAAGUGCCCUAGACCAAGGGCAUCUGAGCAGAUUGCACACAUGUUAGCCAAACUGGAAUAUUUUUUUUCCCUUAUCCUCUUUCUGUCUCUCUGUGUUUCUCUGUACAAGUUUACAGCGAAACUUCUUUGGAUUUUUUUUUCCUUUAUUUUAUCCUGAGGUGCUGCAUGAACAAUGCAGUCUUCUAAUUAUCUUCUAACCUCUGUUGUGCCACAUGGUGCUGGUCACAGGACGGCAGUGGUGUUUGUAUUAUACACUACCGCCUAUUCCAAAAUGAGUAAGAGAUGAUAGUAACUCAGAAAGCACAAACAGUAUUGUGCAAUCACCAGAAAACAUGACUGUGAUAUGCUGGAUAAGUGCCAAUUUAAUUCUAACUGCCAUGGUCACGGUGAUGCGCUCCAUAAAGUUUUUAGUACACAAGUCACAGAUUUUAUAAAGUUAUUUUUACCACAAGGGUCUUUUUUAACCGCCUGCCCACUCCUUAACAACAGUUUUCUACCAAUUAUUAACAAACACUGAUUAAAGGCUUUUUAGGGCUUCAUUUGUUUGAGCCUUUUCAGUGAAAGAAGGAACAUUUCUUAUGGUGCUGUCUCACUGCCUUAAAAUAGAUUUCUAGAACAGUUUUACAGUUAGUUUAAUUCCUAAACCAUUGGUAAUUGACACUGUUUUUUUCUUCAUUUACUAACAAGAAAACAUCAGUUAACAUAGUAGCCUCAUAUCUGUAUAUCACGAUUUUUUAAAGUAAUGGAUACGAGAAAGAACAGUUGCUAUAUAAUAUUUUUAUCUUGUGAAUAGAUUUCUCUGCCUACCCUCAGAAGUACACAAGGAACCCAAACCCACUUUCACUGCCACUUAAAUGCUGACAAAAUCGGCUCAAAUCCAUUUGGUCCCAUGGAAUGGAAUUUUUGGGAGGAUAGAUGUUUUGAAUACUUAUCCAGCAGAGCUGGAUGCACUUGAUGCAGCAUGAGCACAAAUAUAUGGGUUUGUUUUGUUGUUUUUUUUUUUUUUCCUUUUUCUAGUUUCAGCAUGUUGUUUUGAUUGCUAUAGUUGUACAUGAAGAAUUCAGCAUAAAAGAACACUGAAGCAGUGAUGUCCACUGUGGAAGAGGAAGAGUUUAUACUGUAAAAGUGGGUUGGUUUUGCACAGUCUACUGGGUGGGUAUUGUAAAUAUAGAGAAAAAGAAAAAAAAAAAAAAGAAAAAAAUCCUUGCACAAAUCAAAUCAAAAGCAAACAAACAAAAAUAUUGUAUUUUAUUCUGUUGGUGUUAAGAGAUGUUUCACUUGCUGAGAUUUCCUGUAUGUUGCAAACAAAUACAGAAUGCAAAACCUAAAAGCUGUUAUUACCUGGUGUGUUUGUCCUGUACUUACAGUUGUUACAACUAUGCAGGAGCUAUCAAUGCUACAGUUAGCACACUUCAAUAUCUGUAUGAAACCAAUACAUUUUUUGGGGGGAAAGUCUGAAAAUGUUUGAAGUUCAUAUGUCACAGCAGGCUACAACCUGACUGCAUCUGGACUGCUCAGAGUAACUGGAAAAACUCUUUUACCACAAGAACCAUGGUUAAAAUAGAUGCACGUGAACAAGAAGGUACCUAAGGGCUCUGGCAUUGUGUAGUCACAUACUGUACACCUCCAUGGAUGUUACCUUCAGGUGUAUCUGGUGCUAUUCACUCCUCGUGGCCACCCCGAGGCCACCUGCUGUAACUUAAAGAAAUCAAUGCAGUUUCCAAAUGGCAGUGAGCUGCAUCACUGAAUCUAAAGGUUCCUACACGGUGCUAUUGCCCUAUAAAAUUGAAUUUAUGCAUGUAGGAUUCAGUCUGACCAACAUCGUGCCCCCCAAACCUGGAUCCAUUUCUGAUGCAAAAUGUCAGUUCAUACACCUUGACUGACUCAAAGAACUAAAGUAAAGCUGCUCUUUCUUCUGUGCUCUGAAGCAAACCUGCAAAUCUUUUCCUGCCAUAUUUAGCUCACAAACACACAAUAUUACAUAUACAAAACUUCCUGCAAUACAUCUCAGUGAGUCCACCUAGUUUACAACUCAGAAAUUGUUUGUGAAACAUUUGUCUGUACACAUUUUAUAUUUUGUACAUUUUUGAUGUAACAUAUUUUGUAAAUAGACAGAAACAGUGAAAUAAAUCAUCUGAAAAUUUUUGUAGUCUUUGUAAAACCCUAAUAAUAAGUAUUUGGUGUCAUCGGACUUAACUGGAUGAUGUAUUUUCUAUUGGUUUAUUGUUCCUCUAGCUUGUAAACCAGCUUGCGUAUUUUUUUUUUUUUUUUGCAGGUGUGCACACUGUAUCUGUCUAAAUUAUUACUUUGCCAUUAAAGUGAAAUUAUUUAUUGAAAA